AUGACUGCUUCUUUUACUGAUCAACCUGAAUGGAUUGAAAAAAUGAAGAUGCGCUUUGCCAUGCUAGAUCUAAACAACGAUGGUCUUCAUGGUAAUGCUGAUGUUACUAUUGCUGCUAAAAGAGUCGCUGCUUAUCGAAAUGAAGGAGAAGAGACUGAAAAACGCUAUUUUAUGAUAAUUCAAGCUGUCACAUUAGCUGAUGAUAAAGAAGUUACUGAAGAAGAGUUUGUACAGAAAUUAAAGAAGUUUGUGUCACAGCCUGAUGCUAAAGAACGUGUCAAGGAAUUGGCUGAUAUGAUUUUUGAUGUUAUUGAUGCUAACAAAAAUGGA